UGAGCGUUUUACCUCCUGACUUCGCAGAGUUUUAACUUAAUUAUUUUUUUCCCAAGAUGAUCAUUCCUGUGGUGGAUUUUAGCGUCUGCAACCUGAGUAAGAAAGAUGCCGACGAUGAGGAGCUGCAGAGCCUGAGUGAGGAGCUGAAAACCGCAUUUUCUCAAGUUGGGUUCGUUUUUCUGAAAAACUCCGGGAUUUUGCAAGAGGAGGUGGAGCGCGUCAUGGAGUCGUCUAAGAAGUUUUUCCUGCAGCCAGAAGAGCUGAAGAAGCGAUUCAAAAGGAAGAGCUUCCCAAACAACCCCAACCACGGCUGGGUGUCCAUGGAAGCCGAGAGGUUGAAUCCUAGCCAGCCAGGAGACCUAAAGGAGGCAUUUAACGUGGCAUCAUUUCACCCCGACAUAAUAUGGCCGUCAACAGACGCUGUGAGGGAUUUCCGAGAGAUCCACACAGCGUUCUUCCAGCGCUGCAAAGACCUGAGUCUUCGGGUGCUGAAGGUGAUGGCCCAGAGCCUGAGUCUGAACCCGGACGUAUUCCUGAAUGCGCAUCGAUUCAUAGGAACUGAUGAGAACGGCACAACGCUGCGGACUCUCUACUACCCUCCACUGAGGAGUGACACGGCAAAGGAAGGUCAGGUGCGAUGUGGGGAACAUUCCGACUACGGAAGCAUCACUCUGCUAUUCCAGGGCUCUGAGGGUCUGCAGGUUUGCACGCGCGCAGGUGAGUUUAUCUCGGCUCCCUGUAUCCCUGGAACCGUCCUGGUCAACGUCGCUGACCUGAUGCAGCGCUGGACGAGUGAUCAGCUAAUCUCUGUGCGUCAUCGGGUUUUGCUGCCCCCUGUUGGAGACUCCAGCACUCGCCAGUCUUUGGCUUACUUCGUCCAGCCGGACAACGAGGCCCUAAUCACCUGCUGCGACGGCUCAAACAAAUAUCCUCCCGUCACCGGAGGCGACUACCUUGUACAGCGCUUCAGCGAGUCAUACGGAAAGAAGUGAAGACGCUCACCUCUCUGCUCAAACGUUGCACAAAUGGCAAACCUCUCCAUUACAUUAUGUCACACACAUACAUGGUUUCUACAAGUUUCACCAACUUAGUUAAGAUGUUUUAAAAAUAAUUAUGAAUAGAAUUUAAGGUGUACAUAUUAUGGAGUGAAAAUAGUCUCAAAAUAUCUCUGCGUGUAUAAAAGGAUUUGUGUGUGAGUAAAAGGAUUUGUGCGUGCGUAUAAAUAUCUGCGUGUGUAAUACUGGAUUUGUAAACCUUAAAAAUAAAAUAAAUCUUCUCAUACGCCUAUAAAUGUUGAAAAAGUAUGCACAAGUUCCCUGGUACACACACACACAAAACUGCAUUUACACACAGAUCCGGUUACGAGUGCGCAAGUAUUUUUGAGACUCAUUUGACGCUUCAGGGGAAGCUCCCAGAUUUGUGUGAAGAUGGUGCUUUUACAUGCUAGUAAAAACUGGG